AUGUCUCUUCCCCCCAAUCCCACCUUGUACGUGCAUAAUCUCGAUGACAAGGUAAAGAAGGAUGAACUCCGGCGGCAGCUCUACGCUCUCUUUAACACCUAUGGCAAAAUAAUAGACGUUGUUGCCGAAAAGGGUACCAGAAAACGCGGCCAGGCGUUCGUAGUAUUUAGAGAUAUUGCAUCUGCCACAUCGGCAAUGCGGAGUCUUGAUGGGGAGCUCUUCUAUGGCAAGAAGAUGCGUAUAGAAUAUGCAAAAACGUCAAGCUAUGCUACAUUAAGAGCCAAUGAUUCUAACUGGAUACCCCCAAAGUUGGUUCAGUCUUCUGUGGCAAAGAAAGCAGUGGCCAAUGGAACUGGCAAGUUCACGGUGUCGAAUGCGGAGAACGAUCAACGCAAACGAUUAAGAGAGGGAGAAGACGCUGAUAUGAACGAGCCAGAUGAGAAGAAGCGACGUGAUGCCGAUGAUGAUAUGGAGAUGGACGAAGAUGAUGACCAAAACCCAACAAAAGCUCGGGUCCCACCUUCCACCUCAGCAGCGCCAUCGCCGUUUUUAUAUUGCCAGAAUCUUCCAGUUGAAGUUACUGAGGACGUACUGGCUGUACUCUUCCAACAGUAUCCUGGCUUCUUGGGCACCAAACUUUCGGCUGCAGAUCCAACGACAAAAUCGAAAACGGGACAUGUACGGUAUGCCACUACAGACGAAGCAACCGUUGCUCUGGAGGCUUUGAAUGGGUUCCAGGUUAAGCGGGGGUGGAAGAUGGGUGUAUCAUAUGCUUUGGCCUGAUGUGAUGAAUAAGGGACCUACGUGUGUAUACUACCUGGGAGCUUUGCUCAUCCCUUCGUGACACUUGUACGAGCAAUAUUGCCCGGAAAGUUACAACAUUUUGUGUUGGCGUCG